AUGAGCAUCACUGAAUCAUACCCACCGGCUUCCCGGCGUCUAAUCAAGGACGGAGAGGGUCCAGCGACGGUCGAACCGGUUAUUAUCCAGGACAAGGAUAUCGAGAUCCCGGUUAUCGAUUUGGAGCGUUUGGACAAGGAGAUACUAAAAGAAGCAUGCAAGGAGUUGUUGCUUGGAGCGGUUGGAUGUACGGAGCUCAAAUGGUUGCUUUCAACAUGCAGGCUUUUUAACAUACAUCGAAAUCUCUUACACAUAGAUGCAUCUUGGUUCUCUGAUUUGCAGGGUUAUGGAAGAGCUCUCUGGAUGAUGCAUGCGAUGUUCAAGGCGAAUGGUGGAUGCGGGUACGUGAAAAAACCGGACUUUAUGAUGAACAGAGGUCCCGAUGUAGAAGUGUUUGACCCCAAAGGGAAAUUACCCGUAAAGACAACUUUAAAAGUGAAGGUGUACAUGGGAAAAGGAUGGGACUCUGGUUUCCAGCAAACAUGUUUCAGCACAUGGUCUUCUCCUAACUUCUACACAAGGGUGGGGAUAACAGGAGUAAGAUGUGAUGAGCUAAUGAAGAAAACAAAGAAAGAAGAAAACACUUGGGAGCCUUUAUGGGACGAGGAGUUUGAGUUUCAACUUACAGUACACGAGCUUGCGUUGCUUCGAGUUGAAGUUCAUGACUAUAACAUGCGAGAGAAGGAUGAUUUCUGUGGCCAGACAUGUUUGCCUGUUGCAGAGUUGAGACAAGGCGUACGUUCUGUUGCGUUGUAUGAUCGAAAAGGCCAGAGACUAGUUGCAGUCACACUUCUCAUGCGGUUCCAGUUUGUUUAG